CCAUUUUGGUUGUAUUACCGGAUAUCCAAGCUGGGCUCAAGAAGUCAUUUGACCGCCUGGAAGGAGACCAUUCCCAAAUUAAAGACUGACAUCCAGGAUCAGAUGGCAAGGUGCUCGACCUCGUCCUCCGGUCCAUGUAUCCGUUCGUUUAUCGUGAACCGGGUUCUCGACAAGGAGCUGCUUAGGGCGUAUAGCAGUCUAAAGUUCAUCAGUUAUAUCAACAACCUUCACCCAACCAGGUAUCCCGUGAUUUACGAGGUAGCUGAGACGCUUGCCAUCAAGGCUUUACCAUCGAAGGACCGGUGCCGAACAAUGCCGCUCAUGGAAAGAAUACUGGUCCCAGAAGACUGGACAGGCGGCUGCUCAAUUCGCCCCGUGAAUUGGAAGGAGUCAACACGCCCGCCCUAUCACAGGCCGGGAAAAGAUGAAGAGAAUGAGGAGAAAGAGGACGAAGAGCAGAAGCUGCAUCUAGAGUUCGGUUGCGUGGACUGCGAGCCAAAGAGCCGUCUUCGAGACCUAACCAAACCUAGGCAUCGACGUUUCAUUGCUCUCUGGCUCGUGGAUCCUGCCAUCCGCAUCAUAAUCACGGGCAUGGUGCCUCAGCACCUGGACAUGUGA